CCCUCAAGACUCUGGUUCCUUUCGUAAUUUGACUCCCCCCAAAGCACCCAUGAUAUAAUCAGACGCUCCAUGUUCCACCUGCUCCAAAUCCCCAGCCGUCGAUCCCUCCCUCUGAAAUCCCGACGUCCUGCUUAAAUAAUUAAUUUUUAUUAUUAUAUUUUUGCGUUGCUAUCAUCUGCAAUAUAAAGUCCCCACCUAGACUUUCUUUCUGCGUCUCUCCGCUUCUUUCGUUUUCUGGUGGAGGUAGGUUUUUGUUAGGGUUUUUAGAUCUGAGCUUUGGUUGGGAAACAUGGGUGAGAGUAGGGUGAGUGGGAAGGUGAAGUGGUUUAGUGACCAAAAGGGGUUCGGGUUCAUAACCCCAGACGAGGGCGGUGAGGAUUUGUUCGUUCACCAGUCAUCGAUCCGUUCCGAGGGUUUCCGUAGCCUUGCUGAUGGUGAAGAAGUCGAGUUCGUUAUCGAGUCUUCUGAAGGUGGUCGCACCAAGGCUGUUGAUGUCACUGGCCCCAAGGGGAACCCUGUUCGUGGUACCUCGAGAUCUGGACGGGGAGGUGGAGGUGGAUAUGGGGGUGGUGGGUCUGGUGGGUAUGGAGGCGGUAGUUACGGUGGUGGAGGAAGGAGAAGUGGUUAUGGAGGAGGAGGCGGAGGUUAUGGAGGCGGCGGUGGUGGUGGAGGAGGAUGCUUUAAGUGUGGAGAGAUGGGACAUAUGGCAAGGGAUUGUACACAGGGUGGCGGCGGUAGAUAUGGUGGAGGAGGCGGUGGCGGGGGCGGUUCAGGCUGUUACAACUGUGGAGGCUCUGGGCAUUUUGCAAGGGAGUGUCCAAACAAUGGUCGUUGAGGUGGACAGGGUUAAAAUGUGUCUUGUCACAUUUCCUCUUACUCUUCCUUUUUCCUGGGUACUAUUUCUGUUGGUCUUGUUAUUGUCAAGCUUCCUUGGUUUUUUUGGCUUUUGCUUC